AUGGAUAUUCACUGCAAAGCAGACCCCUUUACAGCGAUGCACCUAUCCCACGUAGGGCACGGAGGUGUGAACCAGCUCGGCGGGGUGUUUGUCAACGGCAGACCCCUCCCGGACGUGGUAAGGCAGCGGAUAGUGGAGCUGGCCCACCAGGGAGUCCGGCCCUGCGACAUCUCCAGGCAGCUGCGGGUCAGCCACGGCUGCGUCAGCAAGAUCCUGGGCAGAUACUACGAGACUGGCAGCAUCAAACCAGGGGUGAUUGGUGGGUCUAAACCUAAAGUGGCCACACCAAAGGUCGUGGAAAAAAUCGCAGAUUACAAGAGACAAAAUCCAACUAUGUUUGCCUGGGAGAUCAGAGACAGGCUGCUGGCAGAGGGCAUCUGCGACAACGACACUGUUCCCAGCGUCUCAUCCAUUAACAGGAUCAUCCGAACAAAAGUCCAGCAGCCUUUCCAUCCAUCGCCUGAUGGGUCAUCCCUGCCAACACCAGGCCAUACCAUAGUACCAAGCACAGCCUCUCCGCCUGUAACCAGCGCCUCCAAUGACCCUGCAGGAUCCUACUCCAUCAACGGGAUUCUGGGUAUUCCACGAUCUAAUGGUGAAAAGAGGAAAAGAGAUGAAGAUGGUUCAGAUGGUUCUGGCCCAAACAGUGAUUCUCAGGGUAGUGUGGAGAGUUUACGGAAACACCUGAGGGCAGAUGCCUUCACCCAGCAGCAGCUGGAAGCAUUGGACCGGGUCUUUGAACGCCCCUCAUACCCUGACGUCUUCCCUACAUCGGAGCAUAUCAAACCUGAACAGGCUAAUGAGUACUCGCUCCCUGCCCUGAAUUCCAGCCUGGACGAAGUCAAGCCCAGUUUAUCCUCUAGCGCCAACCCAGACCUGGGCCCCAGCGUGUCGCAAAGCUACCCCGUAGUAACAGGUCGGGAUAUGGCCAACACAACCUUACCUGGGUAUCCCCCUCACGUUCCCCCCACAGGGCAGGGCAGCUACCCAACCUCCACGCUUGCUGGAAUGGUUCCUGGGAGUGAGUUUUCGGGGAACCCCUACAGUCAUCCACAGUACACAACCUACAAUGAAGCCUGGCGAUUCAGCAACCCAGCAUUACUAAUGCCGCAUCGAGAGGCUCCGCCCCUCCCACUGCUGCCACUGCCUAUGACCGUCACUAGUUACCAUGGAAACCAAAUCAACCUGCAGGACCAUGGCCUCAGCCUCCAUAUUGCCCCCGUGUGA